AUGAAUGCUCCUCAUCCAGGAACAAAUUUACCUCCUGGACAUCUCCCUGAAUAUCCUUCAGCAGCAGUCCAAGGACCUCCAGAACAUACUGGCUACCCUGGCCCCCAUGUUGGCUACCCUGGCCCUCAGGCUGGCUAUCUUGGCCCUCAGGCUGGCUAUCCUGGUGCUGGCCCAGUAGGCUUUCCUGUCCAACACCAGCCAAUGUAUAAUCAGCCAGGUGGACCUGCAGGGGUACCAUGCAUGCCAGAACCACCACCUCAAUUAGACUGUCCACCUGGAUUGGAAUAUUUAAGUCAGAUAGAUCAGAUACUGGUUCAUCAGCAAAUUGAGCUUCUGGAAGUCUUAACAGGUUUUGAAAGUAAUAACAGAUAUGAAAUUAAGAACAGCUUUGGACAAAGGAUUUACUUUGCAGCAGAGGAUACGGAUUUCUGUACCCGAAAUUGCUGUGGGCCUUCUAGGCCUUUUACCAUGAGGAUUCUUGAUAAUAUGGGCCGAGAAGUUAUGACUCUGGAGAGACCACUAAGGUGUAGCAGCUGUUGUUGCCCCUGCUGCCUUCAGGAGAUAGCAAUCUAUGCUCCUCCUGGUGUACCUAUAGGUUAUGUUACGCAGAUCUGGCAUCCGUGCCUGCCAAGGUUUACAAUUCAAAAUGAGAGGAGAGAGGAUGUACUAAAAAUUAUUGCUCCAUGUCUACUAUGCAGCUGUUGUGCAGAUGUUGAUUUUGAGAUUAGAUCUCUUGAUGAAGAAAAUGUGGUUGGAAAGAUUUCCAAGCAGUGGACUGGUUUCAUGAGAGAAGCAUUUACAGAUGCUGAUAACUUUGCCAUCCAGUUCCCUUUAGACCUUGAUGUGAAAAUGAAAGCUGUGAUGCUCGGUGCAUGUUUCCUCAUUGACUUCAUGUUUUUUGAAAGCAGUGGAAACAGAGAAUAAAAGGAGCGUGAUGGUGGGUUAAUGAAAGUCUCCUCAGAAAGUUUGAAGUCUGUGUAUUGAUUGGGACUAUGUAAAAGAAAAGCUCACUGUUUUUUUUUCUUUACUGAAAUGACUUAGAGCAUAUGUGAAUUAUACUGUGAUGCCUGAAGCUCCUGUCAUAUAUGACUUUUCAAAUUAUGAGUUUAUU